GCAGACAGCAGCGGCAGCAACAGUGCAAUGUGAGGAAUGCAGCUGUGUGAGCCAGCGGAGCUCCCCGUGAGGAUAUCCUUAUUUAGAAAAUGAGGAGGGCUUCCUGAGCUGGCCACCUCUCAACACUCGUAGCGCCCGUCUCCUCGUCCCCAGACCUUCAGACCUUCCUCUGUCAGGGAUGUACCAAGCACUGGAAAUGUUACCGAUGCUGUGAAGACCCCCAUCUGGUUCAAAAAUGACACCACAACAGAGCAGCAGCAGCAGCCAGCCAACCGGGGACACCGAAGAGCUGAGGAGCCGAAUCCAACAGUGGGAAAAGAAAAUGAAGUCAACAAUGCAAAGGAGGCGUUCAGCACCAUCAGCAAUCAGCAAGGCCCUAGGCAGGUCCCGGGUGCAGAGCAGGGAUGGACCCCUCCUGCUACCAACUACCUCUGCAGCCAACAACUCCCUAAUCCGGGCAUUUGCCACCCAGAAGUCAACAUUCAUCAUGGAGGAACAUGUACAGCUGUCGGCGGGCCUCCAGACCCAGGAAAGACACCUGCUGCUGUUCAGUGAUGUCCUCAUCAUCGCCAAACUCAAGUCCUCGCUAAGUCUGAAAGUGAAACAUCAGGUACCUCUCUGUGACAUGUGGGUUGCAUCCUGUGUGGUGGACGUGGCUGAUAGGCAGUCAAGUGCUGAAAAUUCCUUUGUCAUCGGCUGGCCAAUCAACAAUUAUGUGGUCACACUGAGUUCCCCAUCAGUCAAGCAGAAGUGGCUUUCAGCUCUACAGUGGCAAAUCAGUGAAAUGAAGCGUGAGGACUACCCAAGACGAGUGCCAAUGGAGCUCCUUCUGUUGGAUAUUGGGAAGCGAACUACACAGACAAUGACCCUCAGUGUGGGAAAUUGGGACACUGCAGAGAAGAUUAUUAAACUGGCCACUCAGCAAAUUGGAAUCGUAAUCCAUCCAGGCGAGUACCACCUCUGGGUGAUUUCGGGAAAGGAUGACACACCCCAUCUUCUCCUAGGGCACGAGUAUCCCUUUAGUAUCAUCAUGAGUUGUUUCAGAGAUCUGGUGGAGCCGUCUUGUGGAGACCCUGUGCAGGACUGGAACCUCCUCCUAGAGCAGCUCACUAAAAGUCAGCAGUGCAGAUUCAUUUUGAAGCCCCGCUCCGCAGCACGCAGGAGAGCUGAUUCCUUACAGAAGCAAAUAAAAAGAAAGAAGUCUCUGAUCGACUGGGCCCUGAGAAGAGGGCACAGCAGUGCAUCUGGCAGCCAGGUGGAGUCUCCCACGACACCUCGUAAACUCUUUGGUCAUUCACUGUCCUCCAUCUGCCAUAAUGGGAACUUGCCCAAGCCCAUCAUGGACAUGCUCUAUCUGCUAUACAACGAGGGGCCCUCCACAAGGGGCAUCUUCAGGCGAUCUGCCAACGCAAAGACCUGCAAGGAGCUGAAAGAGAGGCUGAACUCUGGAGACUCAGUCCAGGUGGAGGGAGAGUGUUUUGUGGCUGCCGCCAUUAUCACGGAUUUUUUGCGAAACAUCCCUGGAAGCAUUCUCUCUGCAGAGCUUUAUGAAAAAUGGAUGGAAACCAUCGAGAUUGAAGAUCAGGAUGAGAAACUGGAAGCCUUGAAAAGACUGGUUCAGCAGCUCCCUGAAGCAAAUGUCACUUUCUUACGGCACCUCUUUGGGCUUCUGCAUCUCAUUGAGAAGAAGUCAGAUGAGAACCAGAUGACAGCUUUUAACCUCUCACUGUGUAUUGCUCCCAACAUGUUAUGGCUUCCGGUGACUGGAGGUCCUGAAGAGGAGAGUCAGUCCACUCGAAAGGUGGCGUCGCUUGUCCAGCUCCUCAUUGAAAACUCACCUCGGAUUUUUGGCGGUGAUAUUGCGUCACUCUUUAAAAAGCCUCUGUGGGAUGGACAAGAUGUAGAUUGUGUUCCACAUGACCAGGAGAAGGUGAAGGCCUCUGUGACAUCACAAAGAGAUUCCCUAUUUCUUCCUUUAGGUGACUCAAUUCUAGGAGAAGAGAAGGAGGAUUGGGGUUUACUGGAAGAGAUGGACGCCUACAAGAAGAAGAUCUUGAAUGCCGAUGGCGCCAACAGCCGCGACAACCUAGACGACAUUUCCUUCCACUCACAUGACUCCCUCUGCUCUCUCAGUGCUGCCCAGGGUAUCCAGUCGGCCAGGGACCGCUGCUCCUCUGAGCCAAGUGUGUGCAUGGACUCUAAGUUCCUGGGCAGGUUCCAUGCACCAGUGGCACGGCAGUCUAGUUGUGAUGGGGCAAUGAUUCGGGGUCAUCAUGAAGGAUUCCUGCCCCUACACAAACUGCAGCUGGAUGAACGUAGGCCUCUUGCGAGCAAUAGCAGCCCUACAAUGAGUGGCAGGAGUCAACAGGGCCUCUGGCGAUCACCACAAAUCGUUUCCCGAAUCAGACAGUUGGGUUCACACAGGAUGACACUAUCAAGUUUCUCCAGCCUUUCUUCCACAGCCACCACUCCUUCAGCAUCGUCUCUCAGUUCCCUUGAGAGCAGUUUUUCAUGUUGCUCUGACUCAGUCUUUGGACUGGCUGAUGCCACAGCAUUUGCUGGUCCACCUUGGAAAGAGGAGAUGAGCAGCAUGGUGCAGAUGCCCGCUGAUCUGGACUGGCACAAUGAGUAUAGUAAGACAGAGCAGGAAAGUAUUGACCAUAGCAAACCAGAAGGCCUUCCGCUGAAAGAAGAUGAUGAAGAAAGCCAAGAGAGAAAAUGUGGUGAACCUGGACUCGAGAAACCACCAAAGGCAGCCGAGCCAAGGGUAGAGGCUGGCAUUGAAUCACGAGCACCACACCGAGAGACCUCUUUCAAGCACAUCCAGCUGGUGAGGCCCAAGACAGAGGGGGUAGGCAGCGAAACAUUAAAAAGGACCAAGAUAACUUUCUAUGUGUCACCCAACCAAACAGUAGCUAGGCCUAUCUUGGAGCCAGUAAAGAGUAAAAAGCCCACCAUUUCGGUGAGCGUCUCCAACCCAGUGGUAAGCCAACAACAGCCAACUCCCAGUGUGCAACUCUGCAUACCACAGACAGUCUUUUAUGGACAGAAUGCACCACUGGUUCUUCAGUCUGUAUCUACCAGGAGAAACUCCAUGAGCACCAAUAUGGAUGGAGAUGAUAGUAACCCCACAGAGUCAAGCACUGAAGCAACACUGUUAAGCAGGAGUGCCAGUCGGGCAUCCAGUACCAUUCGCCACACCAUUCGUAUCAUCCUGCCAGCCGCAGUCAGAAAUACUGUCAAAGAGUACUUCCAGCAUAGUGACCCCAAAAGCUGUCACAUGGAGGUGAAGGCUGUGGAGAAAGAGCUGGUGAGGAGCAAGGCAGAGUGGCAAGUCAGGAAAUGCCCUGGUGGUACAGGUGGUACAGGUGGCGCCGCUGACACUUCUUAUGGUGAGGAGUCCUUUGUCUGAUGACCACUGGGGAGCCAGACCUGUCAAGAAAAACUGAGAAACCAAGCCAUUGUUUUGAAAGGGCAUGUGCCAUCUUCCCUUCCAGUGUCUUGGGCUCUUAUGGAUGCCACCUUCCUUGUUACACUUGCAAGGAGCUUCGGUCUAUGGGAUACCUUUGACCUCUCCAGCUCUUGCCUCACUUAGAUGCUGGGCCUUGUUAAAUGCUCUGAGUUAGCAGGUGGAAAAGGUGGACAUGGUGGGCAUAAGUAUGACUAUCUGCAGGCCAGAGAGGAGAGUUCUCCCACAUCAUACAAACAGGAAACCAGCAAAGGACGUGCCUUUUGUUAAGCAGGCCAUUUAAAACUACAGACCAUCCAGAGGCACACACUACUAGAGCAUGAAGCUCUUGACCUUUGAGCUUAAGAAUUGCAGCAAAAACUUAAAACACAAAAUAAAAAGCAACAGCUGCAGGCAGCAGGAAGCAUAAAGAGAAAGGACAGGUGGAGUAAGCUGACACUCUGUGGGCAAGGUAGGCAAAGUGGGUUGGCAUGAAUGCAAAAUGAGAAAGGGAGAACAGGACCAAGUAAGCAUGAUAACAGAGAAAAGCUGAGUGGUACAUUGUAUAUGUCAAGUGAAAGAGGAAUGACUUGGAGCAUGUGAGAGCAAGAGUAAGAACAGGAAGGGUGAGGGCAGAGCUAGCGAGGGCAGGCAGGGUACUGGACAAUCAAACUGAACUUAUAGACCAAGAGAGGGCAAGGCAGUCUGAGAUAGAACACAAAAUGGCACAGUAUGAGUCGGUACGUGUAAGCAGAGCAUGAAGGAGGAGAAUGAUGGUGUUUCAAAACAAACUUAGGAGGGCCUGAUGAGACAGAUUAAGUCUAAGUAGACCUUGAGGGUUUGGGGAUGGAAGGUUCAUGCUAGGUGAUGUUGAACAUUUAUCAAGAAGGUGUUUCAGGAUGCUAGUAUGCAUUUGGGGGUCAUUUGGUAGUUUUGAAUCUACAAAAGUAGGCUAAGGUAGAAAGAAGCUGGAAAUGCUGUGGAGUGACUGCAAAAGUCCUGAUGUCACUUCAAUGACAAACGUGCCCAUCUCUGCUGAGGAGGCUUCCUAAUGUACUGGCAUAAUGGUGCCUCUCCUGCAUAUAGAAGCCAGACACCACACCAUAUUCAAAGAUCACAUUACAAGGACUCGAUCUUCCUUUUAUUUGUGCAUCCAGCUGCUAAUUUCAUGUUUCAUGACCUUUUUUUAAUAAACAUCUUUAAACCACCUGUA